UUAUGAAUGUAGCUCAUGCAGAAUGUGGCCUCUCCUUUUCAGGGUGAAGCUGGUAAGGACGGUAAUCCCGGGGAGACUGGUGCCACUGGCCCCCGUGGUGAUCCAGGAAAGGAUGGUGCUCAAGGGCCCCCAGGCAUUGCAGGACCAACAGGUGCCCCUGGUGAGCGAGGGCCCCCUGGAUCACCAGGUGCUCGUGGCUUCCAGGGUCUUCCUGGUUCUCCUGGCAUUUCUGGUGCUAAUGGCAAGGACGGAGAGGCUGGACUACAGGGUCCUCGGGGUCUGCCUGGUGGUGCUGGUCUCCGUGGUCAGCGAGGCUUCCCUGGAGAGCGAGGAGCUCAGGGCCCCCCUGGAGAGACAGGCAAGCGUGGAGAGUCUGGUCAGGCUGGUCCUGAUGGACCUGCAGGGCCUUCUGGUCCCCCUGGACAAAAGGGUCAUUCUGGUCCUUCUGGUCUUGUCGGUCUACCAGGAGGUCGAGGACCUUCUGGUCUUCCAGGAGAGAAAGGUGAACGUGGAGCCUUGGGAAGAGUUGGACCUGAGGGCCCACCGGGUCGUCAGGGUGACCAGGGCCCUCAAGGUAUCAUGGGCCCAGUUGGACCUCCAGGAGAACCUGCAGAGAAGGGAGACCCAGGUCCACCAGGUCCUCCUGGUGAGCCUGGUGCCAAUGGAAUGACAGGAGACCGAGGCCAACAGGGCGAGCAGGGUCUGCAAGGCUUCCCUGGACCUAUUGGACCUCCUGGGUCUGCAGGACCAAAAGGACAACGUGGUCUACCUGGCCAGAAGGGUGCUCAGGGUAACCCUGGCUUGGUAGGACAACCUGGAGAACCUGGGCCUCAGGGUCUAGCUGGACUCACGGGUGCAAAGGGACAGCGAGGUGAACUUGGACAACGAGGAGAGCCUGGUUUGAUGGGUCCCCCUGGACGACCAGGCAAUGCUGGAACACCUGGAACCCCAGGUGACCAAGGACCUCCAGGUCCUAGUGGCAACCCUGGAAUCAAGGGAACUCCUGGUGAUACUGGUCGACCUGGUCUACCUGGACCAACUGGUCAGCCUGGUGCCCCUGGAGCCGAGGGACCUAAGGGUGAAGCUGGUCCUGAGGGUCGUCCCGGAGCUAUUGGUCAACCUGGCCCUGUUGGACCAUCAGGAGAACGUGGCCUGCCUGGAUUGCCUGGACCACCUGGUCCCCCUGGCCUUCGAGGAAAAACUGGCGAGCGUGGUGAACCAGGUUCAGAAGGAAAACGUGGUGAUGAAGGUCCCAUUGGUCCCCCUGGAUUAACUGGUGCUGUUGGUCCCAUUGGUCCCACUGGUGACACUGGUGCUCCUGGUGCCGACGGUAAACCUGGACCUCCUGGUAUUGCUGGACGAACAGGAGACAAAGGCCCACCAGGUACACCAGGACCUCAAGGAGGCUCUGGACCCACUGGUUUACCCGGCCCACCUGGUCCUGCUGGACCCAUUGGCCCGACUGGAGAACGUGGAGAUCGUGGAGAGGUUGGUCCACAGGGCGUGGAGGGCUCUUCAGGUCCCAGAGGAAAGCCUGGAGCACCAGGUUCACAAGGAGAGACUGGAGAACCAGGAGCAGUAGGUCCAAAGGGUGCCAAAGGACACAGAGGCCUCAUUGGUCUUCAAGGUCUUCCUGGUCCUCAGGGUCCAUCUGGUGACAAAGGUGUACCCGGUGUUGCUGGUCCACCUGGACCCUCUGGUGAACCUGGUCCUAAGGGUCCACCUGGUCGCGAUGGAGGAAUUGGUCCACAGGGUAUCAUGGGUCCUCCUGGUCCUCGUGGUCCUAGUGGAGAAGAAGGUAAAUCUGAACCUGGUUCACCUGGUCCAGCUGGUCCUCCUGGUCCACCUGGCGAAUCUAUGGGUUAUGAUGCAGCAGCGCUAGCAGCUUUGCUUGGGCAGGGCCAGGCCAAGGGUCCAGAUCCUCUCCAAGGUGACGAUUCCGAACUGCCUCCUCGUCUCUUUGGCAAAGAAAUUACAGAUGACGAACGUCGUGACCUCAUUACCAAGGCCUACGAGCAACUUAAGACAUCCUUCAAGAAGUUCCUCAGACCAGAAGGCUCGAAGGACUCCCCAGCAAAGACAUGUCGGGACCUGGCCUACACUCACCCAGAACUUCCUAGUGGAGAGUACUGGGUGGAUCCCAAUGAGGGUGAUGUGAAAGAUGCCAUUGUGGUUCACUGCGACAUGGAGAAGAAGGCAACGUGCAUCUUGCCCCAGCCUGAUAUGACACAGGAAUUCACAUGGCGUGGACAGCCUCGAGGAAUUGUCUGGCUCGGAGAGGACAUCAAACCAGGUUUUGAGUUCACAUAUAAGGCGGACAGCAACCAGAUGCAGUUCCUACAGCUGCUGUCAUCAGAGGCGACCCAACAGCUCACUUACCACUGCAAGAACUCCGUUGCUGUCUUCGACUCUCACAGGAGAAACCUACGCAAUGCCUUGCAGAUCAUGACUGUCUCAGACACAGAGCUUAAGGCCAGAGGAAACAGGAAGUUUAAAUACAGAGUUAUUGAAGACGGCUGUAAAGCGAGACUUCCCACUUGGGCCUCCACCAAGAUCGAGUACCGCACAGAGAAGCCACAACGACUACCCUUCGUGGACAUUGGUGUGCGGGACGUCGGAGAACCCAACCAAUCCUUUAAGAUCGAACUGGGACCCGUGUGCUAUGCGUAGAACACGCUCGUCCCACAUUAUACGCAAAAAAACCACCGUGUAAAGCCAGCGGGCGAGCUAGGGAGGCUGGAGGUGCAGUGGAGGGUGUGGUGAACUAUAUAGUGAUGAGUAACAGUGAUGCUGCUGUUGAGUGAUGAUUCUCGUAGUGAAUGUUGAUCCAUCAGAUGUGUCCCCCAAGAAGCAUAUAGAUGAUCCUACUCUUCUCUAUUAUCGUGUCCUCCUUGUGGCUCCUCCUCCAUUGCUCAUUCCCGCUAUCCAUGUUGAUUUUAUCAUUAUAAUUUUAUUUUAGGAUAACCGCUCGCCACUCUCUAUUUUCCUACUCUUUCCAUAUUUUCCCAUGUUCUUGAUCUUGACUUUUUCACUACAUCAGUAGGUUAGAAACAGACACUGCCGAAUACUUCGAAUACGAAGCGCCAUCGAAAUACAAAUAAGUGUAAAGUAUUUGUUAAUAAGUGAGAAGUGUGGUACUAAGGAGACAAGAACUCACAACUGUGUACAUUUUGUAUAAUAAGAAGAAAACAUAUAGAGUGGUUUGGAUAAACUCCAAACACACAGUCGGGAUAAAAAAAAAAAAUAUUUUUCGACUAGAAAGAUUUAUAGGUUUUUUGUAAAUUUACCAAAAAUAAAAAAAAGAAGGGGAAUAA